ACGAGAGUCUAGAUCAGAGGGCAAGACUUUCUCGCGACCUUUCGUGUGAAUAGGGCAAGCUUUCGAUCUGAAGGUACAUAGUCGAAGAAAGAGAACUAGACAGAGAGAGAAAGAGAGCGAGAGAAGAGACAGUUACAGAGGAGAAGGCUGGAAAAUGGCAAACGGAUACGACGAUUGCUACGACGCAUCCUGGCAUCUGUUCCCUCCGGAUUACGUCGAGGACGAGUACAGAAUUUUGGAGAGCAUCAAGAUGCCCAGGACAAGCUUCCACAUCCAUGACAUCCUGCAGCUCGACUCCAAGCCAUCCCAGGAAGAGACGGAGGUUCAAGGUAGUACCACGGUGCUACCGACCACGAACGAUGUUCCGUCGGCGUACCAACAGUUCUUCGAGCACACGACGGCCAUGUUGCAGCCCGCGAUAUACGCGAACCUGAACAGAGGCACCCUACCACCCCCGCCACCCGGGUUGCUGGGAUGGCCGACUGGUCCAACGUUACCAACCACGCUGCCUCAGCCUUUGGAGGAAAUGAAUGUUCUGCAGCAGCCAGACUCAACCAGCCCGACGAUCUCGGACCUAUCCUUCCCAGCGAAGCAGGAGAUCAAUCACGAGUGCAAAGAGGAAGAAUCAGCUGACUUCGAGGACGAACAGCAGACGAACGAGACCCAGCCACACGAGACGGAGCACAAGAAGAGGAAGAGACGAGUGUUGUUCUCCAAGGCACAGACCUUCGAGCUGGAAAGACGCUUCCGGCAGCAGAGAUACCUCAGUGCGCCAGAGAGGGAGCACCUGGCCUCGAUCAUCCGACUGACGCCUACACAGGUGAAGAUCUGGUUCCAGAACCACAGGUACAAGACGAAGAGGGCAGCCACUGAGAGAGUAGAAGCCAGCGGAAGUGGAUGUUCGCCUAGGAGGGUCGCUGUUCCUCUGUUGAUCAAGGACGGAAAACCGUGUCAGUCGAAGUUGAUGGAGCCUACCACGUAUCCCAACGCUGGCCAGGUACCCAUGCCGUACAUGCAGAAGCCUUAUUGGUGGUAAAGGGAUGGGUCUAGUGGACUGUUCAAUUUCAUCGUUGUCAUCAUCAUUGUGGACUUGUUAUCGGUUCUUGUUGAUGCUGGGAUGUCUGGACCGAGGGUGCACGAGAGGCUGACAGUGGGAGUGGGGACGAGAGUGGGUCUUUUAGGACUAC